AUGGAGGCAGCAGAUCCCUUGUCUCUUCCGGGCACCACCACACGGGUCGUCGAGGUCUACAGCGACCUCCCGAGGCCCUUUGCCCUCACAGUGCCCCCCUUCAUCCCCCUCAGUGGCGGAGGCUUUACGAUUGCGAGUCUUGCCAGCGUUGUUGCUGCAGCGUACCAGGUUUACAACGAGCUGCUACCGCAGUGGGGCCGCAGCAGCAGCAGCAGCAGCAGCGGGAAUGACCCCGAGUGCAGCGUGGCAGACGCCUUGGCCCUAGCCCGCAGCAGCAUCUCGGGAUCGGGAUCGGGAUCGGGAUCGAUCCCAGCGUGGGCUGCAUGCGGGUUUCUGCCAGUUGUGCUGCGGGUGGAGUCUUAUGAGCUGGAGCUGACUCCCGUGUCUGCUGCAGAGCGGCAGCGGCUGGUGGACACUUACUUGAAGGAAGCAGCAGCAGCAGCAGCAGCAGCAGCAGGCAGCGAAGCAGCAGCAGCAACGGGGCAGCGCUGGGGCGGCGCCGGCUGGGAAGGCGGGGGCUGCCGCCUCCGCAGCUCAGACAGCGAGCAGCAGGAAGGGGGGACCUCAGAGGCCAGCAGCAGCAGCAGCAGCAGCGGCAGCAACAGCAGCAGCAGCAGCAACGGCAGCAGACAGGCCAAGUGCCUCGGGCCUCAAGAGAACCUGGAAAGGUUGCUGGAGAAGAUAGAGGCGGCUCAGCGCAGCAGCAGCAACAGCAACAACAGCAGCAGCAGCAGCAACGGCAGCAGCAGCAGCAGCAGCAGCGGUCACCGCACCCUCAUGUGGCGCAAGAAGGAGGCCCGGCUAAUUGUCAGCAAAGCGCAUGCGCUGCAGUUCGCCCACUUGUAUUUGCCCCAGAGCAGCAGCUGCGGGAUCGUCUCCUCGCUGGAGCUGGGGGCCCCCCUCCCCUGCUGCUGGAGCCCCUGGGAAGAUAUCUCGCAGGGCCGCGAGCGCUUCUGCAUCAAAGCCAUCAACGAAGUCGACUCCGAGCCGCCCCCCACGGACUUCUGCGAGCUGCCGCGCUACUGCGACGCGCUGCGGGACCCGGUGUCUGGCCGCAUUUACUGCGGCGGAGCCAACGCGGCCUUCGUCAAAACUUUCCGCCCCAUCGCCAGCUGCUCCCCCCACUGCCUCUGCGACCCCGCACUCUGCACCAACAGAUUGCCUGAAGACCUGCAGUUUCGCGUGGCGGUUGCGAAGACGAGACAUGCGGGUUGGGAGUUGAGAACCCUCGAGUUCAUUCCCCGCGGCGCCUUCAUCAUGCAGUACGUAGGCGAAGUCCUCCCACGCGCAGCCAUGGACGGCCGCUCCCGCCAGGCCUCUCGCCGCGGCUUCCACAACUACUGCAUGGAGGCUGUGGGCGAGGAGCGGGACCUCAAUUACGACGCUGCAGCCCCCUGCAUUGACGCUCUUUUUAUUGGAAAUGCGAGUCGCUUUCUAAACCACUCCUGCAACCCGAAUGUGCGCGUGGCCACAAUAUGGCGGGGCCCCGCGCUGCCGCAGGUGGGGGUGUUUGCGCAGAAGGACAUUCCCGCGGGCUGCGCGCUGACUUACGCGUACGGGCCUGGGUACGAAGAAAUGCUGUGUCUUUGUGGGGCCCCAAAUUGCGAAGGGUUUAUUGGGGGGGGAUCGGCCGAUCCCAGCAGGGGAUCGGCCGAUCCCAGCAGCGAGAAGGGCCCCACAGUUUGCGCAGUGAGUGUGGGGCUGCGUGCUGCUGCCCUCAGCAGCCAGAAGCUCAGGGGGCAGGAGGCCGCGGCUUGA